AUGAGCCACGGUGCCCAGCCAAGGUUUUUGAUUUCAGCAUUGGUGUCAGGGGCUUGGGAUGGCCUGAACCAUAGCAGCCCUGAGCCAUGUGGUACAGCAGCUUUCUUCAGCCCUGUCCGUGAGGUAGGAGACUGCCACGUUAGUUCAGGUCCAACAAGAUGUCUCUUUUCUCUAACAUUUAAGCAGCUCCAACCAUCUCAGCAUCUUCAUGAUUGUUUCGUCAUCAUCACCGUCAUCGUUGUCAUCAUCAUCAUCAUCACCACCAGUGAUUUCCUGAAUGCCAACCAAGCACCAGUCAUCAAGCUUGAGCCACGGUGCAAAGAUGGAGGCAGGCUCUCCAUUCUAAGGGAACUUCCCAGGCCAGUAGGGAAGGCAAGAUUCAGACACCAGGGACAGGCAGCCCGGGAUGACAGGUGGAACAAGGAGGAGACACAAGAACCCCCACCCCAACCCAGGAACCCACAUCACAGGCCAGACCUGCAUGACUGCCAGGCACCUGACUCGGGUUUUGAAGGUGUCUCUCCUAAGAGAGUGGCAGAGGCAAACUUUAGCCUUGGCAGUGCCCCCCAAGCUGCUCAGGGGAGGGGUCACAGCCAAAGCCCUGGAGUGCAUGGGUUCUUCAGCCGUGGCUCUCCUGCAGCUUCCUCUAAUAUUAUGAAGAGCCUGCCACCACCGGGCUUGUUCUGACUCCUUUACAUGAUCCACCCUUCUGAGUGGGGUUUGGCUUCUGUACAGCUCUCCUGUGGGCCCUGAGCACACUAGUCAGAACAAGAGGGCUCCAGUCUCCUGACAGUCACAGUGCUUGGUGGCAAAACAUGAAUUGUCAUUCAUCCAU